UUACUGGCGUCAAUGCUAGGCAGUCCUUCCUGAUUUGUUGUUGCACAUUCACUUGAGCUAAAAUAGUUGACAUUUAUAGUUUAAAUUCUAUUGUCCGUGAAAUUAAUUCCUAUUGUUGUCACGCACGUAUUAUUAAAAAUGGAUUUAUUUAAAUACAUAAGGAGUGCACUUGGAUUUCGAGAUUACAAGCAAGAUAAUCAAUCACGUAGACAAGGUGAUAAACCCAAUGGAUCAAUGCAUAAUGAAUUUCGCCGUCCGACUUGGAACUGGGAUGAAGAUGAUGACGACGAUGAUAUAAUAACCACACCACCAAAUGGAUCAUUUGGAUAUAAUAUCUUUGGCAAUCCAACAGAAAUUCAUAGACAUUUUGAACAUCACAUGCAAGAAUUUGAACAUCAGUUGGAAGCAGUGUUUGAAUCAUUUGAUAGUUUGUUUGGAGGCAGUUUCUUUCAGUCACAUCCACCAAUCUCACAGCCAGAUCAUUACCAAGGGAAGCAAAAUUUAAGGGAUAGCUACUUGAAACCAAAGUACUGGCAUAACACACACAAAAGUGAAAGCAUUCCAGAAAGUACCAGAACAGAAAGACAGUUGGAUGAUGAUUUAGAUGACAGGGUCAGUGCAGGCCAGCUGGAUCAGAUCUUGAAGGACAAACCAUCCAUAGAAAAACAUGAGCCAUGUGUACAGACACACAUCUUUGGAAACAGCUCUUUCAGUACAAUUAUCACAAAUAGUGAUGGGACAGUGGAACAUCAUUGUAUUGUAAGGGAUAGUAAGGGAAAUGAGGAGGUAACAGUGACCAAGCAGAUAGGAGAUAAAAAAUACUCUGUGACCACUCAUACUGAUUCCACAGGAGAAAAGCAACAAAUAGAGAAUUUUGUAAAUGUGGAGAAAGAUGAUUUGGAUGCCUUUAAGAAGAAAUGGUCUAAGCUUCAUCAGAACCCACAGGAACCAAAACUGGCUGAUUUGUCUAUCUUUGAUCAAUUUUUCAAAUAGGAAACUAGUAACUAGUGUCUGUAUUUAAAUUUUAAGGUUUUUUUGUGUAGCAGAUAAAAAUAAUACUUCUUAAAUUUGUAGUGUUAAGCAAAACAGCUGUUUCUCAAUUAUUCUCCAGUUCUUGCAGUAGGUUACAAGAUUUGUUUACCUCAUGACAAAGUUCACAGUUGUGAUUGAAUAAGACAGUCUGGACUUUGAUUAUUGUAUUUCAGCUUUCUAAAUAUGAUUUCUGUAACUUCUUAGGAUUCCAGAUACUGCUUACAAUAAAUAAUGGUUACCCAUGUCUAA